AGUUUUUUAAAUGCAAAGAAUUAGAAAGUCAACAGGAGGAUGAUAACCCAUCUCUUUCCGCGUCUUCUGAUGAAGAAACCGAACGUAGAGACCUUAGCGAUUCGGCAAAGCAAGGUAGGUGCUUUUACGUUUUUAAUUUAUAGUAUACGGGUAGUAUAGUAUAUUUAUGACUUUAUCGACUCAACAUAUUGCCUAUUCUGUUUUAUAAGCCAGUAAAUCACUAAAUCCUAAAGUGAAGAAUAUGUUAAAAUAUCUAAGUUAUAUAUUUUACUUUAUACUUAUACUGCAGACGAAAGUUUUGGUGAAGAACACCAACCAAUAACAGUCUUGGAUAAAAAUAUUAAUGAUCAUCAGGUAUAUUUAUAAUUUCUAUAUAAAGACUAUAAUCUAUAUAUAAAGUUUAUCAGUACUAUAAAGACUGUAUAUACAGGUUAAGUAUUUCAAACAUAACUUAUAUUGUACUGGAUUUUACGUAUUACUGCUAGGUUUCAAACUUAAUGUCAGCUAAUCAUGCACAUACGAAAUUCAUUUUCUAGGGUAGUGCUAAAUGCAAAAAUAUAUGUUGUGCUGAAGACUCAAGCGAACCUUUUCAACCACGUUCUAAAACUAUCCUGGAAAAAACAUCUCAAGCUUCUGGUGUUGGAAAAAAUUUUCGGGUUAGGACAUUUCAAGUUGUUUGGUAUAAUAAUUAUUCUUGGAUUACAUUAUGUGGCACAAGCUAUUUAGUCUUCUGCCACUACUGCCGAAAAGCUAAGCAAAAAGGAUUGUUGACAUUCAGUUCAAAACAAGAAAAAGCCUUCACUCUGGAUGGUUUUGGUAAUUGGAAGAAAGCUCUUCAGCGGUUUAAAGAACAUGAGAGCAGCCAAUGUCGUAAGGAAAGCAUGGAGAAAAUUAUCCUAAUGCAUCAACCUUCAGUUGCUAGUAAGUUAGCAACUGAACUUGAAAAUUCUCAAGCAUUGCACCGCACAUUGUUGAAAAAAGAGAUAUCUUCCAUUAAAUACCUUCUCAGACAAGGAAUACCUUUACGAGGUAAGAGACAAGAAGGCUGUUAUUGAUUAUUUGAUUUGGUUGUCCACACAACCAAUACACUUGGCAUGUUUUAUAGGUUAUUUAAAUAUAAUUUUAGGACAUAAAGAUAAAGACGGAAACCUAUAUCAAAUGUUGAAAACUAGGGCUGAAGAUGUCCCAGAAAUUUCAAAGUGGCUGGAGUUAAAGCGUUAUCAGUCUCCUCAAAUUGUAAAUGAAAUCAUUUCUCUAAUGGGCCAAGAAGUUCUGCGUGGGAUUCUUGUAAAAAUCCGCGAGGCAGGAUAUUUUGGUCUUAUGGCAGAUGAAACUAGAGAUAUCUCCAAUAAGGAGCAAUUGGUCGUUUGCUGUCGCUGGGUAGAUGAGUAUUAUAACAUCCACGAAGAUCCGUUAGGUCUAUUCCAAAUUUCAAGUUGCACAGCUGAUUCAAUUGUAUCUCACCUAAAGGAUGUUCUCGUUCGUUGUAUUUUACCUUUAAAUCAGUGUCGUGGCCAAGGAUAUGAUGGAGCUGCGGCGAUGAGUGGUAGAUUUAAUGGUGUUUCCACUCAAAUUCAGCAAGAGGAACCACGUGCAAUACCAGUUCACUGCUUGGCCCAUAGCCUUAAUUUGUGUUUGCAAGAUGUGUGCAAGUCAUUUCGUCUGAUACAAGAUGCCUUAGACUUGGUCCGGGAAGCUGUCCAUAUUGUCAACAAAUCGCCAAAGAGGGCUGAAAUCUUCAAUGAAAAGCAAAUGGAAGAUGAGGAAACAAUCUUUUAUGGCCACCAGAAUCUUAAACCUCUUUGCCCAACUCGUUGGACAGUUCGAAGUGACGCUAUUAAAGCUGUCUUGGACAACUACGAGGGUCUAAAAGAAACCUGCAACGAUGUUGUUGACGAAGGUGGAGAUGUUGCUCUAAAGCAGAUGGUAUGCUUAGAAGACUCAAGAAGUUCUCAACUCUGUUUGGUUUAAGAUUGUCCUACCUUGUGUUUAGUCCAGGUGAAGAAUUAUCUCGAACCUUGCAGAGUAAAGAUUGCAACAUCCAAGAGGCUAUUAAUUCUUCCAAUCUUACAGGCAAUUAUUACAAGCGCAUGCGUUCAGAUAAAGAGUUUAACGGUUUCUACGACCGCGUAGUAAAGGAGUCCGAAGGUAAAACGAAAGCUCCAUUUCUCGCGCGGCAACGAAAAGUACCAGCAAGAUUUGAUGAUGGUGCUCCAGGGCAUGACUUCGGCAGCCCAAAAGCAUUUCACCGCCAGCAAUAUUUUGAAGUUCUCGAUCUUGUAUAUCAAGAACUUGUUCGGCGAUUUGACCAGAAAAGCUUCACGUUGCUUCGAGAUAUUGAACAACUACUUUUAAGAGCUGCCAAUGGAAAUCACUUUGUCAUUAAAGAAACGAUUUCUGACAUUUACGCGAACGAUCUUGACUUGGUUCGUCUGGAGUUACAUUUGAAGAUGCUGCCCGAUCUGGUUAAAUGUUCGAAUUCUGCAGUGCCAAUAAAGGAGGUCACCAAACUUGAAACCCUGUGCAGUUUAAUUGCUGAAAAUCCCAACAACCGUAAAUUGUUUUCCGAGGUUGACAAGCUGCUUAGGCUAUUCCUUACAGUUCCAGCAACUAGCGCAAACGGCGGAACGUACGUUCUCAGUGCUCAGGAGACUGAAAUCGUACCUUCGCGCGACGAUGGGGCAAGAAAGACUAAACAAUGUCAUACUGCUAAACAUUUACCAGUCAGAGUUUGA